AAGCUUUACACCUUCCACAUAUUCACCAUCAAUUUGGAAAUGAAAGGACUGGGUUCAGCCACCACGCUAAGCCAUAUUAGGCUACAAGGUUAAUUUGACUUUCUUCCCCUUGAAAGUCAGCGAGUCUUAAGAGUCCGCUUUUCGACUCCCCAAGCUCCGUGUCUACAACUCUUGUUCCGUCUACUUGGAAUGCUCCGAAGCGGAAAUGGACGUCCUCUGGUCCAUCUUCGCCAAAUGUAGCGACUGCACGCUCAGCCCAUUACUCACCGCGGUAAUUGGACUUGGUCUCACAGCAUGGACGCUCAAACAGUACGUGUUUGGUCGUGAAGCAUCUCCUGUCACCUAUCAGGUACCAAUUCCCUCAGAGCUAUCGGAUCAAUGGGAUGGGAAGACGUGGGACGAUGUUAGUGUAAAGGAUAGGAGAAUUCUGGAGGGCCAGGCAAAUGGAAAAUGGGAUGAGAAGAAAAUUCUUAGUUAUUGUCCUGCUGACGGACGUAUACUCGGAGACGUAAACUCUGGAAUCAAACCAGCUACGAAGCAGGAUAUAGAUCUUGCGCUCACACGAGCAGAAGCUGCGCAAUCGAUAUGGCAGCAUACGACCUUUGCUGAGAGGAGAAGGGUAUUGAGAACCCUAUUGAAGUAUAUCCUUAACCAUCAGGAUGAAAUCGCUUCUGCAUGCUGUCUAGACUCAGGAAAAACGAAAGUUGAUGCCGCGUUUGGCGAGAUCUUGGUUACGGUUGAGAAGCUAAAAUGGACUAUUGACCACGGAGAGAAAUCCCUUGCGACCGACCGCCGACCCACGAAUCUGCUUAUGAUGUACAAAAGAAACACCGUUCGUUAUGAGCCGCUUGGUGUCAUCUUGGCCUGCAUAUCAUGGAAUUACCCCUUCCACAACUUGAUCUCACCGGUUAUUAGCUCAAUAUUUGCUGGAAAUUCUAUCAUUAUUAAGCCCUCUGAACAUACAGCUUGGAGCUCCCUCUACUUUCGUGAUCUCAUACGAGGAGCACUUGCUAGCUGUGGGCAUCCUGAAGACCUGGUUCAGACAGUCGUUUGUCUUCCUAAGGAAGCAGAUAGUUUAACAUCUCAUCAUGGCGUGAACCAUAUCAUUUUCAUUGGCUCCCGAGCUGUUGCGCACCAUGUCUGCAAAUCAUCCGCCAAGUCACUCACUCCUGUCACUGUGGAACUCGGGGGCAAAGAUCCUGCUGUUAUUCUCGACGAUCCAGCCACCAUCAAGGGCCUUCCUAGUAUUACCUCCAUUCUCAUGCGGGGGGUUUUUCAAUCCGCUGGCCAAAACUGUGUUGGAAUUGAACGCAUUAUCGCACUCCCUGGAACCUAUGACAAAAUACUGGAAGCCGUCACCCCUAGAGUAAAAGCACUCCGCCUCGGAUCCGUGCUCUUUGAAUCGAAUGAAUACUCAAAGAAUCCGGGGCUGGGACUUUCAACCCCCGACAUGGGAGCCAUGGUCUCUCAGAAGACAUUCGACGAAUUAGAAGAUUUGAUCUCUGAAGCCGUGGAUCAAGGCGCGCAUCUCAUCCAUGGCGGCAAACGCCAUAGCCACCCGAAAUAUCCGUUUGGGCAUUAUUUCACGCCUACGCUUCUAGCCAAUGUGACUACUACAAUGCGGAUCGCACGCACCGAGCUAUUUGCACCCGUCUUCCUCCUUAUGCCAGCCAAGGACGUUCCUGAUGCCAUUAGAAUAGCAAAUUCCACAGAGUUUGGGCUAGGUGCGAGCGUUUUCGGGCAUAAUCGAAGGGAUGUCGAGAAGUGCGUUUCGCAAAUCAAGGCCGGGAUGGUCUCCGUGAAUGACUUUGCCACAUACUAUGCCGUGGGACUGCCAUUUGGGGGAGUAAAAGGCAGUGGGUAUGGCCGAUUUGGCGGGGCAGAAGGGUUGAAGAAUUUGUGCAAUAUGAAGGCGGUCUGUGAGGAUCGGUACCCAUUAGUUCAAACACAUAUACCGCCGCCUGUCGAUUACCCGAUUCAGAAAGGGGAUGUGCACAAGAAAGACGGACGGGGCGCGUGGGAGAUGUGUAAGGGCAUUGUGGAGACGGGGUAUCAACCCUCUCUUGUUGGGAAGGUGAAAGGUGUGGGGAAGAUUCUAAAGAAUUUAUAAUCUAUGAUCACUGCACACCAGAAGCAAUGAAGCGGUUCGGAGCAGACGCAUGUCUCUUGGAAAACUGGAAUGCUGGAUUGUACAAUAUCAAAUGGUAACACUCCUUAAUCACAUUAAUCAUGAAUACUACCCAACUAAUUGGGUGGGACAAAUUUUACACACAGAUUUUGAUGAAAACCAUAUUCAGAACACAAGGAAAAGGCAUAUACAAAAGCAAUGUGUGGUUGAAAUGGGAUAUAGAGUACUGUACAGGGCGAUAUGACAACGACAGACAACAAUGGGGUGUUCAGGUAUUCAAAGACACCGCAAAGGCCGCGUCGCAGUUCCUCAAUUAGAACAACAUUCAGCUCAUCAAUCUCCCACAAAGCACAAAGUAGUCGUUAUCUUGUCAAUACAUGCGAAACUGGCCAUAAAAAUACGUUCAUUCAAUCAUCAAAUAUCAAAAUAAGGCACAACAGCCAAACAAGCCUCACGGUCUCCUGGCCCCAAGCUCAACUUGUCUUCUCACAAGCAAGCCUCUAAAUUCUGGUUCUGGUCAAUCCAUGUCGGCGUCUACCGGUGGUAUGCGUCCCCAUGCUCCUCCUUCGCCUCGAGACGCCGCCGCAGGUCAGGCAAGAGAUUACGGCAUUGAAAACAGACACGAUACCGCUGACGAUGGCCGUGAUUACGGACCCGAUUGUGCUGACAAUGGCCAUUAGACAGGCCCCUAGUGAACGAAGAGCUCCUUGGAUCUGUUUCAUGAGAGAGAAAUGGUGUUAAAAAAUGAAUAGGGCCACUUUUGGAAUGGCGGUUGAGAAAAAUCCCACUCACGCAUGAAACUACGGCGCCCAUUGUGAAGCUCUGGUUCUGUUCCUCUUGUUUGCUUUGAGGGUAUGUAUAUGUGGAUAUGUUGAAUGGGUAUACUAUAAGCUUGAAUGUAUUUGGGAGGCAGCUUUGUGUUGUGUUGUGUAGAGUUAGAAAAUAUGUACGGUGGGCUCUGGGUAUCAGGUUCGAAUGAUAUAUAUGUAGGUAGAUAUAUAGAUGUAGAUAAAUAAAUGAAAAUUGUUUGAGAAG